AUGGCCUACGACUGCUACUGCGCCAUCUGCGGCGUCGGCUUUUGUGGAAUGCUCAUUGAGACUCCCUCAGAAACAGGAACCGAGCGUCGGAGACGGUGGAUUGAAAAGAGAUCUCAAGCCCUCCAAGCGGGUCAGUCGAUCGACCAGGUCCCCCAGGACGGUGAAGAGCCCGUUCGCAGUUACGACCCCAAGAUUGUUGGCUGGGAGAAUGUAGCAUGGCUUUACAAGGCAUACUGCCUCGGAUUCAACCCUCAGGCCGCCUCGGGAAAGGGAAAGACAUUUGUCUCCGGACCGGGUUAUUAUGCCGACGUUGGAGAGAUUGCCAUCAAGUCUGGAACUGACGCUGUACCGGGUCAAGACCGGAAUGUUUAUACCUGCUAUGGCUCUGGGACCGACGACACCCCCGGACCAGUUAUCCCCUUCCAUGGAUGCUGCUUUGAGAUCCUCACUCGCGUCCUGACCGGCUCCACCGAUAGCUCAGCAAUCGACAUGAAAGUACUGUACAAUGUUAUGACAGAGUUAUCCAACGGAUCCUCCUCCGCUCUGCGACUGAACUAUGGCGACGACAUUCGGCGGGCACAAGGCCGGUACUGGGAGUGCAUCCCCGGCGCAGAGGCAAGCAGCCACGAUCAAUACUGCGCGACUCAUCCAAUCGAAACAUCUGGUUUGGAUGAUUUGCUCAAAACCAACAUGGCGACGGACGGCAAAUUCAAAAAGUCAUUCUCACACUUCGAUCUUAAGGGCCGCUCGCCUGCCAGCCCCUUCGGCAAGCUUCCACUCGAACUCGUGUAUCAGAUCUGCUCAUACUUGCCCGGUGAUUCGCUCAAGGCAUUGACUCAGGCAUCACUGAGCAUUCAGGUUGUCACUCAGGACAACUGGUUCUGGAAACGAUUUAUCCAGUGGGAUAUGCCAUGGUUCUGGGAAUUUUACUCUUCGCAGAACCCCAGGGAUUUGCCGGCCGACGUCAACUACAAGCGCUUGUACCUGUGGCUGGACAAGAUGACUGCUGCUCGGUACGGCAUGGACGACCUGGCGCUCAUUGGAGUUGCGAACCGUCGACGCAUCUGGGGAGUUUGUGAAGAACUGGCCAGUCAGUACCACAAGGCUGUGGUAGCAGCAACGAGAUCAUUCAACCAGGACAAAGCAAAGUUGCGGUCGCGAAGCGAUGACCAUUCUCUUGAAGCCGCGGAGGAUGGCCUUGAUGAGGAAAUCGAUUUGGAAGUGAGACGGCUCUCUCGCGCAUUUUCCGAUGCGAAUCACAUAGGACGAGCUCUCCGUGCUUGGUUGCGUCGCUUGGACCAUAUGAUAACCCAACUCUACAAUUGUCCGAAUGCAGCCCUACGACGUGCGGGCUUCAUAGUAACGAUCAUCACCCGCAGCGAAUCAAAGGCGACGUUCCCGUCCGACAUUCCAGUUAUCAGAACGAUUUACACCCUGGAGAACCUCACAUCAGCCCUAGCGGGACAGGAUGCAGCCGUCUGCGUGGUGGGUCCCGGCGGUAUCGGGGCACAAAUCACCAUGAUCGAUGCCGCCGAGGCUGCAGGCGUGAAGCGCUUCAUCCUGGAUGACUUUGGCUGGGGUGACAAUCCCAAGUCUUUGCCCGAGUUCAACGACAUUCAUGCGCAUCGUCGUGCGGGAUGGGAUCACGCAAAGGCGAAGGCAGACAGUAAUCCCAAUUUUACAUACACGGGAAUCAGCACUGGGAAUCCAAUUGAUUGGGCAUUGAAACGCUUCCCCCCGAUGGGCUUCGAUGUAGCGCACUGCUCGGCCAUCAUUUAUGACUCUGGCACCGAACGGUUCACCGGAACCACCCUCGAGGGUAUCGGACAGUCGGUGGUCGGCGUCUUGCAGCAUCCAGGCGAGACAGCCAACCGCUUUGUCAAGGCGCAGUCAAUCAUAACCUGUCAAAACGAGCUGUUGGAAGCAUUUCAAUCUGCGACGGGCAAACAGUGGGAGGUACAACGAGCGUCCACGCACGCACUCAUGGAGAACGGGAAACGCAAAUUUCAGGAGGGUGUUAGUGGCUGGAUUCUGGACCUGGUGGUGGCACAAUUGUUCGACGAGGGCCAAUCUCGGUGUCUUCUUGCUCAAUCGCGAGAGGAAUCAGAUGCGGAUCUAUUGGGAAUUGCACAGGAGAGUCCAGAGCAAGUGGCGGCCAAGGCUUUGGCUUAG